GGUCUAAUUCACGAGUCACUCUAAAUUCACAAGAGAAGAAGAGGAGUUACUCUGCUUUACACACUUCAGUGUUUUCAUUCAAGCCACAAAUGUGGACUCGUAAAUAGUAGCGUUUCAAAACAUCCGUGAAAAAUAUGGCAGCAAACACAGCUCGCAAUCACUGUAGCGUCCCUACAUGCACGAAUAACUCGAGCAAACAGCCGUAUUUAAGUUUUCACUCGUUUCCCACCGACGUGCUGGUGAGGAGGAAGUGGAUUUGUGCUAUCCGCCGGGACGAAGGGGAACAUUUUAAGAUAUUAAGAGGAAGCACGUAUGUCUGCAGCCAGCAUUUCAAGGAGUCUGACUACUCGAAAACAUCUGGUCGCAAACGGCUAAAACAUGGGGCUGUGCCGUCGCGGUUUCAAUGGACAAAUCCAGAAUCUUUCACACGGCGGAAUUAUUUCGGCAAAAUCAGAAAAGCCAAAAGUAUGCGGGGGAUGAACUCGGAAACGCUAUCAGAUCAUGCCUACGCAGCGGUUCUUCCAACAGGUUCAGGAACUUAUCACAACACUAUAAAGCGACACGUUUUUGUCACUCGCUAGCUAGUUUAUUGGUGCUGUAUUUAUUGUAUACUAGUGUAACUAGCUUCCUCAAAUACUUUAUUAGAAGAACUCGUAGCCCUUUUUUUCUGUUGGACUGUUUCAACCUUAGCAUAAAAUGGCCACCGGAACAGCACUGUUCAUUACCGGAUAUGACGGCAGUAUUUGUGAGGAAAGUAUUAGACGGUCCCUCCAGGAUUUCGCGAUCGCAGAAAUUAACGCAAAAUCAAGGAAACUUCGCAAUAUUCUGAGGAGUUUGCUAUUAAAAAAAAAAUUACAGCAGAUUUGGACCAAGAUGUGUCACGUGACGUCUUCGAUGCACGUGCGUCGAGCAUGAGUAGAGCUUUUACCAACAAACAUCACCGUGAAAGACCGUGCAAAACAAUUUCGUGCAAUUGCAGAUUCACUCAUUGUAAGCAGUUUUCCACACAAAAAACUCUAAGUUGCAUCGGAAAGAAUAAUAAUUAAAAAAAAGUUUUGGCCGCACCCAUCACAAAAAACUCUGAAAUCAUGUACAGACUGAUUAGACUAAUAAUAAUAGUAGUAAUAAUAAUAAUAAUAAUAAUAAUGAUGAUGAUGAUAAAGAUAAUGUGAUGGGGAUUUACAGUGACAGAACUGAUUUUGAGGUGGUUAAAUGCUUUCUGUUUAUAGGUAAGGGAAGCAUAUUUUAUUGUAGAAUUAAACCAACAAUUUAGUGUGAUGCUAAAUAUGCCAUUUAAUACUAGUAAAUGUACAUUCACGCUGUUUUUAUCGCUGCAAGUCACCAGUCACUGUACUUCAAAGACACCAGUCGGUGCCGCAACUAGCUUUCCAAGUAAAAUUAGGGCGUUUCCCCACCUGGAUCGUUUGAUUCGGAACCUGGCGUGUUUUCUCCCUUGGUUCGGGUCAUUUAGACAUAUAUGAACACGACACUCAUGCUUGGAUCCGCACCAAAACAAUCAGUCAGACGACCUGAACGAGACGAUCUCGGCCCGAUUGCAAACAAACUUUGGAGUGGUUUGCUUGUGGUGAGAAAGCAAUCCGACCCAACGAACCAACCUGUAGAGCGAUGCCUCGAUGGGGACUGUGUUACGUAACUAGUGUGUUUGUUUUGCUAAUGUCUCGCAACAUGAAUCGCAGUUUAACUUUGACCAAAGACGAGGUAAAAUGACCACUGACUUCACAUUUCUGAACAUAUUUCUAAAACACCAACACACCAAAGUGUUCAGUAAGCAUCUCAAGGAGAUGGGCUUUAAUCGCUCGGUGGAACGUGUGAAUUAGAUAAAUUAUAAUAACUACAGCUAAAAACAAAGGCGCAGUAAGCUCACGGACUGCUGUCUGUCCGUCGUGAAGGAUGAACGAUAUGAGCGGCUCACCGGAGCAUAAACAGGUGCACUCGGACCAAUGAGAAGACAGUUUACUCACAUGUGAACACAUUUUUAUUAUACUGUGAAAUGUUGCCUUGUGAAAGUGAACCGAGUUAAGGAGAACAUGCAACACUUUAACAGUAAGUCUCUGUUUCGGAACAAAGCACAGAUCUACAGGUCUGAAAACGUCUUUAAACAUUUUGGAAGGAGGGCGUUUUCUAUAUAAAAUUCACCAGUGUGUAUAUUAGUCAUUUUCUAUGAGAUGAAGGAGAAGCUGUGUGGCCAUCUAUGGCCCUUAACCCUCUCUGCUCCAGGGGCGCUGUAUCAUGGCUGACCCUGAACUCUGACCCCAACCUCCUAACAUGCUGGGAUAUGUGGGGGGAAAAAAAAGAAUUUCAUUGUACCGUAAUGUAUAUGUGACUAAUAAAGACUCAUUAUCAAACUUGCAUAAAGUUAAACUUUUCUCAACUUUGUUGCAUCGCUGGACAUGCCCGCAUCCAGUCGCCGACGGUCGCUGUCGUAUGUUGCCAGAAGACACCAGCUCUCAUUGAAAAUGAAUGAAUCACAGCCCUUUAGACCUCUUAUAAUGGCAUCAGAAGAAAGAACCUUAAAUUCAUUCAGUAAACCUCCACACACUCCUGUUCGCUCACAGCUUUGGCAGGAUGCACAGACUGACCAAGAGUCAACAAGCUGUGAGGAACAUGUCAUCCCUGUGGUCCAGCAGAACUUAAGAGUCCAUCAAAAGCCCCUGAAAGAGAACGAUGAAGGCCACCUUUGUGGAGACGCAUCGAGUUCACUAGGACACGUCAUCCUUACGGACCAGAAACCUACAGGAGAAUUUGAGAGGAAUCUUUUCAAAGAGGAAGAAUCAGAAGGGGAAGACUACCUCUCUGUAGGCACGUCAAAUCCCGCGGGAAAUUUGAUCCCUGUUGACCAGCAGAACGAAGAAUUUGUGAGGAUCACAGUAAAAGAGGAAGAACCUGAAGAUGAAGACUACCAGUGUGGAGCCACGUCGAGCUCAGUGGAAACUGCCAUCCCUGUGGACCAACAAGAAUUGGAGAGCAACGCUGUAAAAAAUGACAGCUACCUCUAUUGCUCGUGCAGAAGGAAAUUGGGUAUUUCUGCACCGGCGAAUAAUGAGCAAGGUGACGGGGCAGCAGGUCCAUUCAGCAACUGCGACUUCCUGAAACAGCUGAUCGCUGCUCAGAAUAGUACAUCUCGCCAGCUUGCUGCCCUCUCGUCCCAAAUCACUGAGCAGACUUUGCUUCUCAAGGAUGUUUUGGAUGAGAUGCGGCAGCGAGACUGUAAAGAACCUACGAGUGCACCAGAGAGGAUGAAAAGAGCACAUAGUUUGGCUAUUGCUAAAGCUGCAAGACGCCUGCACAAUUCAGAAAAGAAUCCUGAAAAAUAUGAUCCACAGACCGGAAUCAACUCCCUACAUAAUCAAGCAGUCACAACGCAUCUCCUUAAGGAGCUCUCAGUGAGUUUUGCAGAUGCCGAUCCUGAGGUUAUAAAAGCGUCCUGCAAGACUUAUUAUGAAACUGUAAGGAAAAGCUAUUUCUUGACACAGACACAAAAGGCCCGAUGGAGAUACGCCCUCAAGUUUGCUGCAAAAAACAGGCAGAGAAGGAAAAGAGCAAGGUCAACAGCCAUUCUUACCUAAGUGGAAACUGAGCUGUGGCAGACUGCAACGCUGGACGUCGUGUUUGAUGAUGAGGAUGCUGUUGUUGACGGAGGCCAGUUUGAACAGGAAGACCUCCAUUCCUGAGGAGUCCAGUGCUAUCUGAACUGUGCCAGGAACUGCAAUGGAUACUGGACGCUGACUUGUAAUAUGUUGCUACAUAUCACUGUUAUAUAAUAGAAGCAUGUAAUAGAAGACUGCAAGAAGCAUAAUAGAAAACUUGUAGAUAUUUUACCUUUUGUAAAUUCUAUUAAAUAGUAUCUUAUUCUUGGUUUAUACUGUGACUUCUAACCCUAAUAAAAGAAUGAAACAUG